AUGGCCUCCAUGGCUGCGGCGAUCGCCGCCUCCCGCACCGCGGUGCUGAACGGGAACCGGCCGCUGGACGAGUGGGAGCGCAAACGCUUCAGCUACUUCUCCUCGCUGAGCCCGAUGGCGCGGAAGAUCAUGGCGGAGAAGGAGCGGAUCCGCGAGCGCUACGGGCCCGACUGGGAGCGGCUGCCGCCCCGCCAGCAGGAUGAGAUUAUUGACAAGUGCUUGGUGGAGCCGCACGUCCAGGCCCGCUACGCGGCGCAUCGCGGGGCCGCCCGCGCCGCUGCCGCUGCCCCCGCCUGCUACCCCGGCCUGCGCCUCACCACCGGCCAGAAGGUGGUACGCUUCGGGGACGAGGACAUAACUUGGCAAGAUGAACACUCGGCCCCUUUCUCUUGGGAAACCAAGAGUCAAAUGGAAUUCAGUGUUGCAUCUCUGUCUAUACAAGAACAAGGUUCACAAAAUGAACAGAGGCAGCUAGUCAAAGCAGCUUCCGGUGUCCAGGCCCCCAAAUCUUCUCAGGGUAAUAAGGCACCUAGCUCCGAUGGGCUAAUACCAGCCAGGAAGGAAGAAGAGUCAUCUUUCUGGAAGAUAAAUGCAGAGCGCUCAAAGGUUGAAGGCAAACAGUCUGAGUUCCAGUCCUUGACCCCCAGCCAGAUCAAAUCUAUGGAGAAAGGAGAGAAGUCCCUUCCAACAUAUUACAGGCAAGAGUCUGCUCCAAAAGAGACAGCUAAAGCUGAGAAGUCCAGCAUAGCUAAACAAGAAAAUUUUGUUACCCCAAGCCUUCCUGCCACAUCCCUAGAAUGGGAGAAACCUCGACCCAGUCAGCCGUCUACUAGCACUCCAGAUGACAUCUUUCUUCCUGAGCAACCGGAACAACUGGCAUCUGCAGGGUCAAAAAAUGAAAAUGCCGAUGGCACGAUGCUUUCAGACCCACAGACAUUUGGACAGAUUAAUACAAGCAAUGUUAUCUUGAAGACUGGCUUUGAUUUUCUAGACAACUGGUAAAGAUAAUGCAAAAUAGUUCAGAUCAAUUUUUGGAAAGAAAAAGGGGCAUCUUUCUCUUUGUAUGUUAAGUUACUAGCAUCUGUGUUUUUUAAAAAAAGUUUCAAACUCAAUGUUGGCUUUGUAUAAACAUUUUUAUAAGACCAGAUGCAAUUUUGUAUUUUAAAAUGAUUCAGUGAUAGAAGUGUGGUCUCAUUUUGGAUUUUUUUAAUGUUUGUUACAAGUUGAAUAGUUAUUGAAUUGGGGGGAAUAAUUUUCUACCAAUUUAUGUAUUAAGGACACACACACACACACAAAACCCUGAUCAAAACCUCUAUAUUUAAGAGUGAAUCUACAAAGAACAGGUUUCUAUUUUCAGUAGCAACCUAGCCAGCAUGGCUCAAACAAUUCCAUAGGUCACUAUAAAAAUCAAAAUGUGGUAUUACUCUAAAUAAGCUACCAAAACAACAGUCGUGCCUCCUUCAGGUAACUGUAUAAUGAAAAAAGGCAUGGAAAAAUAAGCAUAUUAAACAUUAUAUUAACUUUGUAUAUUUUAUAUUUAGUUUGUCAGUAAUUUCUCUACCACUAGUUUUUGAGAAGGGGGAAGGGUUUUGCCAUAAGAAUUAGUCUAAAAUAGCACUGCAGCUGUACUCAAGAGGUGGAAUAAAGUCUGUUUUUGAGGAAAUAUUUGUAAAACACAGGAAUAUUACUUGGUUUGGGUUACAGAG